CGUACCACUUGGUAUAUAACCUAUCGGUCUGCCUAACUGGGAGGAAACCAGAAGCCCAUCACAAUCAUCAACCAUCAAUCCAGCUAUCAGAUCACCAGAUCAGUGAAACGAUGUCUGCCAACGAGACUAAGACCAACGGAUGGACCGCCGUCCCCGUCAGCGGAAAGCAGAUCUUCCAAACCCGUGGAGACAUAAGCACUCCCACUCCAGUCACUGUCGCCGACGUCUACUUCCCAUCCGACGUAGCCCUAGUCGCAGAUGCUCAAGCUUUCGUCAAAAAGCGUCUUUCGCCUGAAGCAUUCAACCACUCGAUGAGAGUUUUCUACUGGGGAUACGUGAUCGGCAAGCAACUUCUCCCCGAGUACGCCGCAGAGCUCUCGCCUGUGACUUGGGCGCUCACCUGUCUGCUGCACGAUAUCGGUACUGCCGAGGACUAUUUCACCUCGACCAGGAUGUCCUUUGACAUCCACGGUGAUAUCAAGGCCAUGGAAAUCCUCAGGGACCUCGGAUCCACCAAAAAUCAAGCUGAGGCUGUAGCUGAAGCCAUCAUUCAUCAUGAGGACAUGGGCGUCGAUGGUACUACUAUUUUCAUGGGACAGCUGAUUCAGCUCGCCACUUUGUACGACAAUGUUGGCAAGUACGAGAGUGUCGACAGCUUUGGCGACAUCACCCACGAAACCACGCGUGAUAACAUCAACAAGACUUACCCAAGCAUUCGUAGGUGUCCUUGGUUUGCGGAGAUUGUUCGUAAGGAGGAAGGAGACAAGCCUUGGUGCCACACUACUCACAUCCCGAACUUUGACAAGGAGAUGGAAGCCAACACUCUUCAUGAGUAGUGGGAGUAGGUUUUGUCAUUGACCUUGUCACUAACUCGCGUCGACAAGGUGGCGCCCUUGCAGUACGCAGAAAAGCUUGUAUCUUGGAGCAAACAUCGAGGUGUUGAGGGCUAUCGAGCGGGACGGAGCAACCGCUAUUAUAGCUUGAGGUAAGAUAGAGGACGAAAGCUUCGAAUACUGAAGAACGCAGACCGCGACGUCCCUGAUAGCUACCUC